CUUGUUUUAUUUAAAUCUCAAGUCGAAAAUGCCGAAGCAAAAUCACAGCAAUUAGAACAGACCUUCACCGAAAAUAAAGUAGCAUGGGAAAAGAGAGAAAAGAUGUUUCAAAAUGAAAUAGAAGCAAUUAAAAAGAAAUGUGAAGAUCUUAACAACAAUAAUACUACAUUAUUAAAUCAGCUAGAGCUGUUGGGUCGUCAGAUGUCGGUAAUGCAAUCUAAAGAUUGGAAUAUUUCAUCAUCAUUAGAAGAAGAAAAUAAAAGUACUCAGCAGUUGCUAGAAGUUAUCAGGUUUUUGAGAAGAGAAAAGGAAAUUGCUAUAACUGAAAAUGAAGGAAUACAGUCGGAGAAUAUAAGACUGAAAGCGCAGACAGAAUAUUUGAAUAAAGAAGUAAAUGAACUUAAAAAAAGCUUAGUAGAUGAACAAACUCACAAGCAGACAAUGGCUUCCACUGAGGCUAAACAUGCAGAAUUGUUAAAGAAGAUUGAAAUGUUUAAUGUUCUGAGCGAAAGUAAUCGAUUACUUCGUAAUGAAAAAGAAAGCUUGAUGCAAACUCAGAUGGAGUUAGAAAAUAAGGUAUUCUUUGUUAUUUAA